GUUACACUCGUAAGGCACAUGUUGAAGCUGGAGCUUGUAUUUCUCUGAUAUGAUGUUGUAGUCAGCUAACAUACAGUCUCUUAGCUAAGGUGCAGCAUGAAACCCAUGAUAAUGAGGCAGUGUGUUCUUCAUGGACCCAGUGGAUCAUGUCUCUGAUCCUGUUUGCCUUUGUGGUUCGGGUCAGGGAUGGACUCCCCCUGUCAGCCUCCACAGACUUUGAACACAAUCGAGAACUCCAGGAGAGGAAGCAACAGCUCAGGACUAUCAGCAAGGCGCUGGCCUUCUUCCCUGACAGAGGGACAGUCAAGGGCCAGAAGCUCAACAUAUACUUCGUCUCUUCAGAGGGUGUAUCCUACAUGACUGUGUGCCACUGCAGCCUCCCUGUUGCUAAGGCCUUCUGCUUCCUGGAAGAUUUGCGUUGGGAGUUCACCGCGUGCUACAAAAGCACUGUUGUUGCCUUGGCAGCCAGGCCAUAUCCAUUUUUGGAAUUUGACAGCAACAUUCAGAAGCUCAAGCAGCAAUACAACCAGAGUGGCGGUCCUGCCUUAGAGAUCACAUUGGCAGAGGUCCAGCAGGAUCUGCAGAUCCACCCACCACAAGUUCUUACCUUGGAGGAUGUGGAGCUAACCAAUGGCACCGCAAAUGGGCAUAUGGAACAAGUUCCUGGAUCUGGUCAGAAUAUAAGACUUGAACCAGUGACAGCACCAGGCAUCCUCUCUCUUGUUCUCAAUAUCAUGUGUGCAUCUUUGAACAUCAUCCGUGGCGUGCACCUCAUAGAGUACACAUUCCAGGAUGAUUAUGAAGGAAUAUGGAACGUUGUUGCAUUUCUUCUGGCAUUUGUCUGCUGUGUUUUUCAGUGCCACCUGUACCUGUUCCAUUCAUCUCUAAAGAAACCCAAGUCCUUCACUCUGUUGAGUGUGAUCGUCCUAUGCAACCUCUACUUGCUUGGCAUGAGAAAUGUGUGGCAGCUGAUCUUCCACAUUUCUGUUGCCUCCCUCUCCACCUUCCUCAUCCUCACCCGCAAACUCCAAGACAGAACCAAUGACUGUGGGGUCUGAGGGGCACACUUGGACACUUGUGUUGCACCUCUCCCACCUCUUUGUGACUCUAAUUUUGAGUACAGGUAAGAACAACAAGGAAGAAAAUGUAGUCAACAUAAGUUAUAAAGGAGUCGUGGAUUUUUAACAAAGAUUUUUUUUAACGUCAUCAUGGACAAAAUUCGGUAUUUUCUUGUAUGCAGUACUUGCACUUUGUGUACAUUGUUUCAAAGACUGUAUAGAGUUUACAGUGAAAUGCCGUUAUUUUCAAAUCUUCAAAAUGAUC